AUGACGGGGUUCAUCAUGCAGGACGACUUGGCGAACAAGCUGGGCAGGAUGGUGGCGAUGAUGGGCAGAUCUUCCUCAGACAGGAUGUCCCAGACGGGACCUGACAUACUUGUGACGUCCACAGGAAUGCAGGACUUCAACUACCUGCACACCAACUCCUACGAGCUGACUCUGGAGCUGGGCUGUGACAAAUAUCCACCUGAGUCCGAGCUCCCCAUGGAGUGGAACUACAACAAGGAGGCCCUCCUCGCAUACAUGGAACAGGUCCACAUCGGAAUCAAGGGUGUGGUCAGAGACACUAACGGAAAUGGCGUUCCUGACGCCAAGAUCAAGGUGCAGGGUAACAUCCAUGGCGUCAAUUCCGCUGCCGAUGGUGACUACUGGCGCCUGCUGCUGCCGGGUACCUACAGCGUCACCGUCACCAAGGGCCAGGCCACGCAGACCAAGUCCUGCACCGUGACCAGCGGCGCCGCCACCACCUGUGACUUCACGCUGGAUGCCGCCGCUAUCAACGUGUCCGCUGAUACAGCUGGAACCGAUACGGGACCCGGCAACAACGGGGGCAACAACAACAACAACCACCACCCCUUCAACAACCACCAUCCCUUUUUCAACCAGAACUGGUAAACUGGUAUUUGAGUAGGGCGACUCGACAUAGCAAUCUGAAUUUGUUUUGUCAGUCAAUAAAC